AUGAACUUUGAGCUGCCGCAGGAGCUGCAGGAGUACAUCUCCAAGCUCGACGCUUUCAUCCGCGGUGAGAUCCUCCCGCUGCAGCACAAGGACGACAACAAUCGCUUCUUCGACCACCGCCGCGAGCCUUCGCGCACGCAGUGGGACAAUGGCGGCCUGCCCACGCCCGACUGGGAGGCUCUGCUGGCCGAGGCCCGCAAGCUCGCCGACGACGCGGGCUUCUACCGCUUCCCUCUCCCCCGGGCGUACGGCGGCCAGGAGCACCGGGACAUGAACCUGUGGAUGUGCGCGCUGCGCCUGCACAUGGCCUCGCACCCGCUCUACGGCGGCGGCGUCAGCCUCGCCAACGACCUGCAGAACGAGCACAGCGUCGUCGGCAACUUCCCCGACUUCCUCAUGCUCUACCACUGGGGCAACGCACAGCAGAAGGCCCAGUACAUCCCCAUGCGCCUCGCCGGCGACUUCCGCAUGACGUUCGGCCUCACAGAGAUCCACCACGGCAGCGACGCCACCCACAUGGACACGGCCGCCCGCCCCAUCACCAUGCCCGACGGCCGCCCGGGCUUCAGCAUCUCGGGCAACAAGAAGUGGCAGACGGGCGCCCACGCCUGCACCCACAUGCUCGUCUUUGCCCGCGCCGCCAACAGCGCCGGCAGCCCCAGGGGAAUCACGGCCUUCAUCGUGCCCCGCGACACAAAGGGCGUCACCAUCGCCUCGUACGAGUACACCCUCAACAUGCCCACCGACCACGCCACCAUCCUCUUCGACGACGUCCGCGUCCCGGCCACCGCCAUCCUGGGACCCCCCGACAACGGGCUCGCCAUCGCCCAGACCUUUACGCACGAGAACCGCAUCCGCCAGGCCGCCUCGUCGUGCGGCGCCGCAAAGUUCUGCGUCGACCGCUCCGUCGCCUACGCCCGGGAGCGCGUCGUCUUUGGCAAGCCCCUCUCCGCCAACCAGGCCAUCCAGUGGCCCCUCGUCGAGCUGUCCACGCAGGUCGAGAUGCUGCGCCUGCUGAUCCUCCGCGCCGCCAGCGAGAUGGACGCCAUCGUCGUGUCCAGCAGGCAGUCGCCCACGCCCACGCCCCCCUGGGUCGCCAUCGAGAAGCAGCUCGGCCACAAGAUCAGCAUGUGCAACUACUGGGCAAACCGGCUCGCCUGCCAGGCCGCCGACAACGCCAUCCAGGUCCACGGCGGCAACGGGUACAGCCGCCACCAGCCCUUUGAACACAUCUGGCGCCACUUCCGCCGCUACCGCAUCACCGAGGGAAGCGAGGAGGUCCAGAUGCGCAAGGUGGCUGGGUAUCUAUUUGGUUACAAGUCCACGGGGCUGGACGGGGAAAAGAAGAAGCAUAAGAAGGAAGAUGAAGAAGCCACUGCUCGGGAUAGCAAGCUUUGA